AUGACCGGUCAAGACGUUUCGGUCGAACUAUUCGGGCAGAAAUAUGAUACCCCGUUGAUCAUGGCACCCGUCGGUGUGCAGGGUAUUUUCCACGAGGACAAAGAGACUGGCCUGGCCGAAGUCUGCGGCGAAGAGGGAGUCCCUUACACCAUGAGCACAGCCAGUACCUGCCCCAUUGAAGACGUGGCCAAAGCCAGCGGAGAUGGAAAGCGAUGGUACCAACUCUACUGGCCGAAGGAUGAUGAUAUUACGCUGUCACUUCUGAAUCGGGCCAAGACCAACGGCUUCUCGGUUCUAGUUAUUACGCUUGACACGUGGUCUCUGGCGUGGCGACCGGCCGAUCUAGAUAAUGCUUACGUGCCUUUUAUCAAGGGCAUUGGAUGCGAGGUCGGGUUCUCCGACCCGGUCUUCCGAGCCAGAUUCGAAAAGGAGUCUGGAACUCAGAUCGAGGAUGAUAUUGUGGGUGCGUCACGGGCCUGGCUGGGACAGGUUUUUGCAGGUGCUCCGCACACUUGGCAGGACCUUGCUUUUGUCCGGAAGCACUGGGAUGGCCCGAUUGUUUUGAAGGGCAUUCAGCAUGUAGAGGAUGCCAAAAUGGCUCUAGAGUACGGUUGCGAUGGAAUUGUGGUAUCCAACCAUGGCGGUCGACAAGUGGAUGGAGCCAUUGGUUCUCUGGAUGUUCUCCCAGAGAUAGUCGAUGCAGUCGGCGAUAAGAUGACAGUGCUGUUUGACUCGGGCAUCCGGACGGGUGUAGAUGUCAUCAAGGCACUGUGCCUGGGAGCUAAGGCUGUUAUGGUUGGCCGGCCAGUGAUUUAUGGCCUCGGUAUCAAUGGACGCGACGGCGCACGACAGGUGUUGAAGGGCCUGUUGGCGGAUAUCUGGCAGAGCAUGGGUCUAUCGGGGAUCCGGACUGUGAGCGACUGCAGCCGUGGGAUGAUCCGCAAGGUACAGCAUGCGGGCGAUGUGAAGGCCAUGAUGUGA